GUACGGGCGUACUGCCAGGUGUUGGCGGAAUGUCACCAAUGGGAAUACAGGGUAGUGGAAGGGGAAUACAAGGUACUGGAAGAGAACGACCACAAAGGCAUCCAUUUGGGGAUAAGAGGUUAGGAAACCCACCACAAACAGCUCCUCAACCACAACCAAAUUCACCAAUAAGUCAGCAACAACAACCCAACCCGCAAACAGAUCAACAACAACCCAACUCACCAGUAAAUCACCAACAACCUAAUCCGUCAAAAGCAUCACCAGUUCCGAAUGUUAGCCCGAAUGGAGUCGCUGAUCAGAACGCGCAUAAAACACAUGAGACAGAAAAUGCAAAACAGACGUCCAGUCCUUCUACAAACUCUGUCAAGCAUUCUAAUUCGCCACAAGGUGAUAGUGACCCGCGUCAUAACGAAACUACCGCAUCGAAUGGAGGUUUUAAGGAUGUGGGUUGUGACGG